UCCCAUCAUGCCGCUGGUGCUUAUACGACAAAACCGCAGCUGGGGGCGAGGAGGCACCCGGCCAGCCAAAAGAGGAGACGCCGUGGACACACGUUCUCAUCGUUCACAUGAAACCACUGGAGUUGGUCGUCCUCUCAACAUGGCCGAGAACCAACAAGUGGAACGUAUCGGCAGAAAACUUGACAAGAUGGUUCAUAAGAACAACACGGAUGGAGCACUGGACCUGCUAAGGGAGUUGAAGAACAUGACAAUGUCUUUGGAAACGCUUCAGUCCACCAGAGUCGGAAUGUCAGUAAAUGCUGUGAGGAAGCAAAGUUCUGACCAGGAAGUACAGACUCUGGCAAAAACGCUCAUCAAGUCCUGGAAGAAAUUAAUAGAUGGAUCUAAAUCACAGAAAAAUGACGGCUCCCCUGCUAGUAUGACAUCCAAGGACUCGUGCAGUAGUGAGAAAAGCACAACUGCAGUGAAGUCCCCUGCUGCCGCGCCUUCUCUGGUUAUGUCCUUCCCAGCCAUACCCCUCACCACAGACCAUGUUCGGAAUAAAUGUCGAGAGUUGCUGGUGGGUGCCCUGCAAACUGCUGAUGACUACAAGACCUUUGGAGUUGACUGCAGCCUGCUUGCGGCGCAAAUUGAGGAACAGAUCUUUGAGGAUUUCAAGUCAACAGACAUUAAGUACAAAGCACGUCUGCGCAGUCGAAUCUCCAACCUGAAGGACCAGAAAAACCCAGACCUGCGGCGGAACGUCCUGAGUGGAAACAUAUCCACUCGGCGCAUUGCCUCUAUGACUUCUGAGGAGAUGGCGAGUGAAGAACUUAAGAAGAUCAGAGAGACUCUAACCCAGGAGUCCAUUCGGGAGCAUCAGCUUUCCAAAGUGAGCGGGAGCAAAACAGACAUGUUUGUGUGCAAAAAUUGUCGGGGGAAGAACUGCACUUACACACAGGUGCAAACUCGCAGUGCGGAUGAGCCUAUGACCACCUUUGUGGUGUGUAAUGACUGUGGCAAACGAUGGAAGUUCUGCUGAGGAGUCCUGUUUUAUUGUGCCACCAUGAUGUAAAGCAACCGGCCAAAUUUUGGAUUUGAAGUCGCUUUUUUUUUUUUUUUUUGUAACAU